ACAGAGAAACAGCCUCUCUGCCUCCACAUCUUCUCAGUUUUCACACAGAUUGUAACGUUGGACCGCGGCGACCCCAUUGGACGAGUUUCUUCGAACGUUAUCGGAAGAGCUGUUUGAUAUUUCUACAUUUUUUUCUGUCCAGUUCAACCAAGAAACCCGGCUAUUCUGCUGAGUUAACGUUAUGGCAAAAGGAGAGGGAGGUGAACAAUACUCAAACGCCAGUUUAUUGGAGAAACCGGUCGGCUCGGACGGUCUCGCGCUCGCUAGGAAGCAUGAACAUAGGAGCAGGUUGUCGGUUUGCAACAAGAUAUGCUACGCCAUUGGUGGAGCACCCUACCAGAUCACAGGAUGUGCCCUGGGAUUUUUCCUGCAGAUCUAUCUGCUGGACGUAGCUCAGCUGGAUCCCUUCUAUGCCUCCAUCAUUUUGUUUGGGGGCCGAGCAUGGGACGCCAUAACGGACCCCACAGUGGGCUUCCUGGUCUCCCGAAGCCCAUGGACGCGGUUCGGACGCAUGCUGCCCUGGAUCGUGCUCUCCACCCCUUUGGCGGUGCUUUCCUACUUCCUCAUAUGGUACGUUCCUCCGUUUGAGAACGGCAAAGUCAUCUGGUACCUUCUCUUCUACUGCAUCUUCCAGACCCUUCAAACUUGCUUCCAUGUGCCAUACUCUGCGCUCACCAUGUUCAUCAGCUCCGAGCAGAAGGACCGAGACUCAGCCACCGCAUACAGGAUGACGGUGGAGGUUCUGGGGACUGUUCUCGGUACAGCUAUCCAGGGGCAGAUCGUGGGUAUGGCGAACGCUCCCUGCCUCCCAGGACCGCGGGACAGCGGGACGAAUCUGAGCAACUCCUCCGUGUCUUUCGGGCACAAUAACUCGGAGCCUGUCAUUUCCCUGGACCACACGAAAACGGCCUACAUGAUUGCCUCUGGGGUCAUCUGCAUCAUCUAUGUCCUCUGUGCUAUUGUGGUUUUCUUCGGUGUGAGAGAGCAAAAAGAGUCUUGUCGUCCCAGGUCGGAGCCCAUGGGUUUCUUCCAGGGGAUUAAGCUGGUGAUGGGACAUGGACCGUACGCCAAACUGGUCAUGGUCUUCCUCUUUACCUCGCUAGGCUUCAUGCUCCUGGAGGGCAACUUUGCCCUGUUCUGCAGCUCCACCCUGGGCUUCAGAAACGACUUUCAGAAUAUCCUCCUAGUCAUCAUGCUCUCCGCUACUCUGGCCAUCCCGUUCUGGCAGUGGUUCCUGACACGCUUUGGAAAAAAGACGGCGGUUUGCGCUGGCUCCUUGUCUGUGGUCCCCUUCAUGAUCCUGGUGGUGUGUAUGAAGAGUAACCUGAUCGUCACCUACGUUGUCUCCUUUGCUGCCGGGGUGGGAGUGGCUGCAGCCUUCCUGCUGCCCUGGUCUAUGCUGCCUGAUGUUGUCGACGACUUCCAAGUACAGAACCCUGACUCCACCGGCCACGAAGCUCUCUUUUAUUCCUUCUACGUCUUCUUCACCAAGUUUGCCUCUGGAGUCUCCCUGGGCAUUUCCACUCUCAGCUUAGAUUUUGCUGGCUACAUCAGUAGAGGCUGCUCUCAACCAGAGGAAGUGGACAUUACGUUGAAAGUUCUGGUCUCUGCCGCCCCCAUAGCUCUCAUCAUGAUCGGCCUGACCAUAUUGUACUGGUAUCCAAUCACCGAGGAGAGGAGGCAAGGCAAUCGCAAACUGCUACAGGAACAGAGGGACAACGAGGCAGAUUCAGAAACAGACUCGACAGAACUGGCCAACAUGGUCUAGCACCGAGACCGGCGGACCAUUCGAGGUUAUCGACUGGCAUUUUGCACUGGGCGGGACCAACUUACCUGGGACCUGUCGGAUCACACAGACACUGUCUUGUCCAAUCACACUGCUGCUGCUCCACGUUGACAAAAAACUUGAUCAACUCAAGUGUCAUCACUUCAGGCCCGCUGAGGCCUUUCUAAAAACAACCUACUCUUCUGCAUGUGUGACUUUUUCCCAGCAUAAAAUCCCCUCUCCUCUUUUGGUAGUUUGUCAGAUCUCAAAAGCCUUACUUUUGUAAAACAUAGGAGCACUGUGGUUUGAUUUAAAGCUUGGCCUUGUUGAAAUUGCACAAAACUAUGAACUGUGAUGGGAGCCUGCUUUGUCAUUGCUGCCAUUUCUUGGUGCUACUCGCUGGAGCUGAACAGCUUCCAUCCUUGUACAUACCAUAUGGAGCAUUAAUGAUCUUGAGCACUAUACAACUUUAUAGCUAUGAGAUGUGAACAUGGUGAGAAACUUGAACAAAGUGAUUAACGCCUUAAUAUCAGCCCCGUUUUAGGGAUACAACUUUAUAACUU